AACCAUAACCCAUUUUCCAAGAAACAAACCGGGGGAAAAAAAAGGCUUAAAAUCACUUAGUUUUUAUUGUCAAAAUCCCAAAGACAGCACCGCUCCCUUUAUCUGAGAUCGAGACACGAUAGCCACAGCCGAAAAUGAGCAAUCCAGGUAAGCUAAACACUUCGAGCUCUGAAUUGGACUUGGAUCGACCCAAUAUCGAAGAUUACCUUCCUUCUGGAUCUUCCAUUCAAGAACCUCACGGCAAGCUUCGCCUGCGUGAUUUGCUUGACAUUUCGCCAACUCUAACAGAGGCUGCUGGUGCCAUUGUUGAUGACUCAUUUACGCGAUGUUUCAAGUCGAAUCCUCCAGAACCAUGGAAUUGGAAUAUAUAUCUGUUUCCUCUGUGGUGUUGUGGUGUGGUGUUUCGAUAUGGGAUUUUGUUCCCUUCCAGGGUUCUAGUACUGACAAUAGGGUGGAUUAUUUUUCUUUCAUCCUACAUUCCUGUGCAUUUUCUACUGAAAGGGCAUGACAAGUUGAGAAAAAAGCUAGAGAGGAGUUUGGUGGAGUUAAUUUGCAGCUUCUUUGUGGCAUCAUGGACUGGAGUUGUCAAGUACCAUGGGCCGCGGCCUAGCAUGCGACCUAAACAGGUUUUUGUGGCUAAUCAUACCUCCAUGAUUGAUUUUAUCAUCCUAGAACAGAUGACUGCUUUUUCUGUUAUUAUGCAGAAACAUCCUGGUUGGGUUGGACUAUUGCAAAGCACUAUAUUAGAGAGCUUAGGUUGUAUCUGGUUCAAUCGUUCAGAGUCGAAGGAUCGUGAAAUUGUAGCGAAAAAGUUAAGGGAACAUGUUCAGGGGGCUGACAAUAACCCUCUUCUCAUAUUUCCUGAAGGAACUUGUGUCAACAACCACUAUACUGUCAUGUUCAAGAAGGGUGCAUUUGAACUGGGCUGUACUGUGUGUCCAAUUGCAAUCAAGUACAAUAAAAUCUUUGUUGAUGCUUUUUGGAACAGCCGGAAGCAGUCCUUCACAAUGCAUCUGCUGCAACUUAUGACAUCCUGGGCUGUUGUUUGUGAUGUGUGGUACUUGGAGCCCCAAAAUCUGAAACAUGGAGAGACACCCAUCGAAUUUGCCGAGAGGGUCAGGGACAUAAUAUCUGUUCGAGCAGGUCUCAAAAAGGUUCCUUGGGAUGGAUAUCUGAAGUACUCUCGCCCUAGCCCAAAACAUAGAGAGCGCAAGCAACAAAGCUUUGCUGAGUCAGUACUACUACGGCUGGAGGAGAAAUGAUGUGUAUAUUUAUGCUUGGUUAUUCUUGUAUUUGACCCAAGUAGGGUCAUGGUAGUGCAUUUGACGUCCUUGUUCUUCAUAUGCUGACUUUGAUCUUUAGCAACAGUCUAAGAUGAGGGUGGAAAGGAGAGAAUUUCUAAGAAAAUUUGGAAGUCACACUUGUCAUAUUACAGGUUUUACUUUCACAAGUACACUAAUGUUAUGAAAAAGCUUGGUUGAAUUUUGUA